CGUGACGGAGAUAACAUGCCCGGCGCCUUGGGACUGCCAGCCCAGAUCCGUGACCAGGACCACGUGUGAUGAUCUACGUCACCAGCACCCAGCGCCGCCUCACAUUGUCCAUCGGUCUUCUUGCAUCCGUGGGUGAUGUACGUGCUAUGCCAGCACGAUUGCCCGGGUACGCGCCGGACACAAGCUUCGUCAACUUCCACGUGACGGAGAUAACAUGCCCGGCGCCUUGGGACUGCCAGCCCAGAUCCGUGACCAGGACCACGUGUGAUGAUCUACGUCACCAGCACCCAGCGCCGCCUCACAGUGCGCCUAUAAGUAGCCUGCCUCCUCGCAGUGCGUCCAUUGGGCACGGCGGCACCGGCGAAAUGACGGUCACUAACCCGUUUGUCUUCAUCGUGCAGUUGUCCAUCGGUCUUCUUGCAUCCGUGGGUGAUGUACGUGCUAUGCCAGCACGAUUGCCCGGGUACGCGCCGGACACAAGCUUCGUCAACUUCCACGUGACGGAGAUAACAUGCCCGGCGCCUUGGGACUGCCAGCCCAGAUCCGUGACCAGGACCACGUGUGAUGAUCUACGUCACCAGCACCCAGCGCCGCCUCACAGUGCGCCUAUAAGUAGCCUGCCUCCUCGCAGUGCGUCCAUUGGGCACGGCGGCACCGGCGAAAUGACGGUCACUAACCCGUUUGUCUUCAUCGUGCAGGUAAGAAGACAAUACGAUUACUGUAUACGUUCUGGUGACCCAUUUUUGCUGGUGCUGCCGUGCCCUCGGCUUUGCUGUGCAUUUGCGAGUGUGUUGCUAUUUUUAAGAAAGCUUCUUUUGCUAGCAGGAGAUAUUGAAAGUAAUCCGGGACCUGAUCUAGCACAAAUCGCAAAGCAGUUGAAGGAAGUUGCCGUCGAUAUCAAAGAAAUUAAAGAGGGGCGGCUUGCUGAUAUGGAUAAAAAGUUAGAUGCCCUGUCGCGCCUUGAACCGAAGAUAACUUCAUGCGUAAAACAAAUAGAAGACAUGCAUCUGAUUACCAAAAAUUUGGAAAAACGAAUGGACGACCUGGAAAACCAGAGUAGAAGGUCCAAUAUUAUAGUAUACGGCUUAGCGGAAACAGAACAGGAGAACAGUGAAAAGUUGGAACAAGCUGUAAAUAAAGGCAUUGUUCAGGACAUACUCGGCUUACAGCCUGUGACCAUAGAACGAAUUCAUCGUCUUGGAAAACCGGCCCAGAACAAAACGAGACCAGUAAUGUUGAGGCUACUUGACUCUAGACAGAAAUCAAUAAUAUUGCGGGAGGGACGCAAGCUGAAAAAUACGGGUCUCUCUAUUGGGGAAGAUUUCUGUAAGAGAACACGAGAGAUAAGAAGGUUGCUGUGGAAUAGCGCAAAGGCAAACCGGGAGCAUCAUGACAAAGUGUCUUUGUCAUUGGACAAACUUUACAUAAAUGAUCAAGUAUUCACCUGGGAUGAGGGCAAGGGGGAGAGGGUCCCGCUGAGAAAAAACGCCGAAGCAAAACGUCCAAACACGCGAAGCAAAACACAGCCGAGGAACUAACACUACUAAAUGUAAACGCCAGAAGCAUUUUAAAUAAGACUGAAGCGUUUGAAAACCUACUCCUUGCACAUAACCCUGAUAUAGUAGCGUUAACUGAGACGUGGCUUUCCCCGGCUAUCUCAGAUCACGAAAUAGUGCCUCCAAAUUAUUGCAUCAUUCGAAAAGACCGACCGUCACGUGGUGGUGGUGUGGCGCUGUUGAUAAAGAAA